CCCCCCCCCCCCUUGUACGUCCCUCCCAGAAAGGCGGGGCGCCGACUGCGUCGAGGAAAAUGUCAACAACAUGCCGGAGUCUUCCAGGCAAACAGAAACAGAAACAGAGGCAGGGGCCGGGGACUGGCGACGGAGAGAACAAGGAAACGAGUCGUGUGACAACGUCGUGUCUGUAAUAUCACAGUUCGCCGAUGAUAACUUAACACUCGUGCGGAACAUAAGCACAGGGCUUGCGAUUGCUGGGGUUCUCGUAAUAGCAAGGAGUAUCAAGCUGAUCACCAAAUUUCAAGCUGCGUCUGAGAUCCCCGCUCGUUUCAUUGAGAGGAACGUCAGCCUUCGCGGGAAAGUUCAUUCGAUCACAGAGAAGGGACUCGAAGUGGAGCACGUCCCGAUUCAUCUGCCAGUCCUCUCGCCAUUGCUUUCAAAACACAAGGGUGUUUCCAUGCCCCCAUUAAUGGUGCAUCUUGCAGGAGUGGAGCUGACACCAGAGGGGAGAGUGUGGCUUCAGAAGAACCUGGAUCCUGGCCAAACAGUGUGGCUAAAACUGAUCAGCCGUGACGACGACAUACUACACUGUAUGGUAUCUCAAAGCAGGGGGUCAAUGUGGAGCUACUGUAUGAACGAAGAGGUCCUCAAGCUCGGUCUGGCUCGCACUGCUCCCAUUGCAGGACUCCUGCCUGACUCCAGCCUCUACUGGCGUCUUCACAAACGGCUGCACAGGGCAGAGGUCAAAGCUGAGAGGAAGGGGAGGGGUCUGUGGAAGGAGGACGGCCUAUGGGAGAGGGCCUCAGGGGCCGUCAGGGACAGUGCUUUAUUGAGACUCAUGAGGUGGAUCUUUAAGAGGACUUGACUGAUCGAUCCGAGGCAGAAUCCAAAAAAAAAAAAAGUUAGUUGCCUUUAAGUCCUGAAAUAAUCAAAAAUGACAUCAGUCUUCUUGAUUUCUGGAAACAAAUUUAAUUUAUUUAACGGUGUUCAUGCACUGAACGCAUCUAGUGUAAAAAGGGAGUUUAGAAAGCUUUCUUUAAGCUGAAGAAGCGUCCCAUCCUUCACUCAACUGUCCUUUGUUUCACUUCUCAGGGAAUUUGCCCGAUGUUACUUUACAUUCCUUAUUGCACCUGUAUCAAAAAGUUUAUGGUUUUGACUGUGUUUUCCAGUCUUUCAAGUUUUUAUAAAAAUGGUUAUUUGAAACCCCCGUCUCAAAUCCUGAUACUAAUCCCACGGCUUUCACUUACUCCAUUAAACCACAGCUAAGCACAUCCUCCUCUGUGUGACACCCCACUAAACACAAGAUGGGGGCGGGGUAUGUUAAUGGUGUUUAACAGGGAGAGGGGGGUCCACUUGUCCCUCUCUGAAAUCACUGUUGCUAUAGAAACCAAAUGUGAAAUACAAAGCAAACCAAAGGGCUAAACUCUACACUGGCCGACCCAAACCCCAUGGGAGCCUUAUAUGUAGUGUGCAUGUGCGUGUGUGUGGUGGGGUCGUUAAGUACCUAUAAAGAGGGCCCUUUUAGGUGUAAGGUGACUAAGACAUUAGAGUAUUUAAACACUGAAAUAGAAGAGAAAUGUGACCAAACCUGUAAACAGCCUUUGACUUCAUAGCACUGUUCGGUAUUAUUGUAGAAAUGAAUGAAAAACACACAACAGUGGCAUAAAUAAUGACGCGUUCAUCGACACCUGCUGAAGAAUAAGCCCCAAAGCAAAUUUCCUGAAUGUCCGGGAUUAUGCUCAUGUAAUUGUUUUAUUGUUUUGCAGUACAAGUUCACAGCCAAAAUUACACCUUGCGCU